UUAGUCUCCGGCGAAUUGUGCCACGCGAUGUACCAACUUCCAGUGAGCCUCCUGCUGCUGAUCCUUAGCUUCAGCUUCAGGGUGAGUUGCCUGCAGUUGAGCAACUGCAAUAAGACCGAGGUGACCUUAAUACGGGACACGGAGCUUCUGACUUCACUCACCUUGAGCAACUGCACUCUGCCGCAUCUGGAAAAUGCCUUCUUCGUGCGCUUUGAUCAUCUGCUCCAACUGGAGCUGCAACAUAGUGGACUAAGUGAUUUGGAUGACUUUUCGCUCAACGGCCUGAUCAGGCUGCAAUCUCUCUCCCUCGGCCACAAUAAUCUGAGUGCUCUGAGGUCCUGGUCCAGUGAACCCUUGGGUGCCCUGUCCAUCCUGGACCUUAGUCACAAUAGAUUGAGCAAGCUGAGGGCCAAGAGCUUCGAACUAUAUCCCCAGCUGCAGCAACUCGACUUGCAAAAUAACCAAAUCAACCAAAUCGAGGAGAACUCCUUUUAUGGAUUACCCCAUUUAAAGCAUCUACAUCUGAAUGGAAAUCAACUGCAAAAAUUGGAUAGCAGCUUCUUUCGGGGACUCCAUCGCCUCUCAAGUCUAUCACUUCAGCAUAAUCAAAUAGACAGCAUAGAGAUGGAGUCCUUCGAGGGCAAUACCCAUCUUCGAAGCCUACGAUUGGAUCAAAAUCUAUUGAGUAGUCUUACAUUUAUCAGUCAGCGCGGUCUAGCUCGACUGGUUCACCUAAAUCUAUCGAAUAAUCUUGUACAAAAACUUGAGCCACUUGGAUUCUCCAAAAACUUUGAGCUUCAGAACCUGGAUUUGAGUUUCAAUAACUUGACUAAACUAAGUAAGGACGCUUUAUCGGGCUUGGACUCAUUGGAGCGCCUGAACAUAAGCCAUAACUGUGUGGACGAAAUGGAAACGGAAAGUCUGGAGUCUUUGGUCGCCCUUCUGCAAAUUGAUGUCAGCUUAAAUCGACUGACCACAUUACCCGAGACCUUAUUUCAUGCCAACACCCAACUGGAGGAGAUUAUACUUGCUAACAACCAAAUUGUAAAGUUAUCCCCUAAGAUUUUCCACAAGCAAAAUCACGUGAGAUAUAUGAAAUUGAACGGAAACGCACUGGAUGAUGCUGAUUUUCUGCACAGACUGUCUCCGUCCCUCAACAGUCUGUCACUUUACGUGGACCUCAGCUCAAAUCGCCUUAGUUCAGUCAAUCUGAGCAGUCUUCUUCGAUUUCGUUACCUAAAUCUGGCGGAUAAUAAUUGGAAUUGCGCCUGGUUAGUUGCGAAUUUGGUGCGUAAACUGCCAAACUCCGUGAAUUUCGCACGUCCUUGGAGUGUGAUUAAUGAUUGGAGUGAAAAUAUAACCAAUAUUGAAGGAGUGGACUGCUAUGAGGGAGAAAGUAAUCGAUCUAUUAUUUUGCUGGAUGUGAGUGCAGUUCCCCUACAAAAAACAAGCAACUGCGAGUGUGGGCAAACCUAUGAUGAUUCCAAUCCGUCGCCACCUCCCCUCACUUGGCCCAAAAUACCUACAGAUCGAUUCGACUCGCGGUCGGUGAUCAUCUGGAUGCUGGUGGCCAUUGCAAUUGCCUUUGCAGGACUUCGAUGGCUGCGACGAUUUGUUGAUCGCAAUGAGAAACGUAAACUCGGGACAAAGGAGCUUAAUAAUAUGUACGUCAGCAAAGUUCAAUGGCAGCCCGUCAGAAACGAACUGGAAAGAUCGUAGCCCAAUCUAAAAAUAUGUUGUUUGCACCGCUUAAAUAAACAAAUAUAUUGAGUUUAUUAUGUAUAAAAAU